GACAACAACCACCUUCAACGGCGGCGACUCCACCCAACGCGCAAAGGAGACCCGAGCCGAAUCCGCCCACCAAAUCGCACCCGCGUCUGCCGCCUCCGCCUGCCGCCGGCGAGAUGAUGAUGCUCGUCAACUGCUCCGGCUGCCGCACGCCGCUGCAGUUGCCUCACGGCGCGCCCUGCAUCCGCUGCUCCAUCUGCGGCGCCGUCACCAACGUCGCCGCGCCACCCGCGCCUGGCCCCGUCGUCGAUCCCGCCCGGGGCGCGCAGGCCACGGCGCCGGCGUGGGGCCCGCCUCCCCCGGCCGCGCACGGGCGGAAGCGCGCCGUGAUCUGCGGGAUCUCGUACCGCUUCUCCCGCCACGAGCUCAAGGGCUGCAUCAACGACGCCAAGUGCAUGCGCCACCUCCUCACCACCCGCUUCAGGUUCCCCGACGACUCCAUCAUCAUGCUCACCGAAGAACAAACCGACCCUUACAAAAUCCCAACAAAGCAUAACAUAAGGAUGGCCAUGUAUUGGCUUUUACAAGGUUGUCAACCUGGAGACUCAUUGGUGUUCCAUUAUUCUGGCCAUGGGGCACAACAAAGAAGCUACAGUGGAGAUGAAGUUGAUGGGAUGGAUGAAACCCUCUGCCCGUUGGAUUUUGAGACACAGGGAAUGAUUGUGGAUGACGAGAUAAAUGCUGCGCUUGUUAGACCACUUCCCCAUGGAGCUAAACUUCAUGCACUCAUAGAUGCUUGCCACAGUGGGACUGCACUUGAUUUGCCGUUUCUCUGCAGAAUGAGCAGAACUGGGCAAUACGUAUGGGAAGAUCACAGACCGCGAUCUGGUGUCUGGAAAGGAACUAGUGGCGGGGAAGCUAUUUCAUUUAGCGGCUGUGAUGAUAAUCAGACAUCAGCGGAUACUUCAGCCUUGUCAAAGAUCACUUCGACUGGCGCAAUGACAUUUUGCUUCAUCCAAGCUAUUGAACAAGGCCAGGCCACCACAUAUGGGAGUAUCCUGAACUCCAUGCGUUCGACAAUACGGAACACGGGAAGUGGUGCCUCAAUGGCUGGAGGUGGUGCAGUUACAUCACUCAUUUCAAUGCUUCUCACAGGGGGAAGCGCUAGUACUGGUGGAUUGAGACAGGUAACUUCUUGGGGUUGGCAUAUGCAUCUCAGAAUAUCCUUAUUGGAACCACAGCUAACUGCAUGUGACACAUUUGAUGUGUAUGCGAAACCAUUUUCACUAUGAUACAUUUGUGGUAUUCUCCAUUGUGUUCUGUGAUUCUAUCAUGAGUCCGGGUUUAACUAUCAUGUACAGCUAGUUGAAAUGGCUCCUUCAUAUAUAGAGCUAACUUUGUAUUAUUUGAUGCUCAUAUUCGAAUUGAAGUGUUUGCCUGCUUUGAA